AUGGACUUUGGGUCCCUGGAGACCGUGGUGGCGAACUCGGCCUUCAUCGCUGCCCGGGGCAGCUUCGAUGGGAGCAGCAGCCCAUCGUGCCGGGACAGGAAGUACCUGGCCAAGCUCAAGCUGCCCCCGCUGUCCAAGUGCGAGGGCCUCCGGGAGAGCCUGGACCUGGCCUUCCCCAGCGUGUGCUGCGAGCAGCCCAUCGGCAAGCGGCUCUUCCAGCAGUUCCUGGAGGCCGACGAGCGGCACGCGCCGGCUCUGGAGCUCUGGAGGGACAUCGAGGACUCUGACACCGCCGCCGCCGAGCUCCGGCCGCAGAAGGCCGGCGCCAUCCUGGCCGCCUACCUGGACCCCCAGGCCAAGCUCUUCUGCGGCUUCCUGGACCAGGCGGUGGCGGCGCAGGCCCGGGCGGGGCUGGCGGCCGGCGGGGACGGGCCCUUCCAGACCCUGCUGGAGGCCACCCUGGCGCACCUGAGCCAGGCGCCCUUCCAGGAGUUCCUGGGCAGCCUGCACUUCCAGAGGUUCCUGCAGUGGAAGUGGCUGGAGGCCCAGCCCGCGGGGGAGGACUGGUUCCUGGACUUCCGGGUCCUGGGGCGUGGCGGCUUCGGCGAGGUGUCCGCCUGCCAGAUGAAGGCCACCGGCAAGCUGUACGCGUGUAAGAAGCUCAACAAGAAGAGACUCAAGAAAAGAAAGGGGUACCAGGGUGCUAUGGUGGAGAAGAAGAUUCUAGCAAAGGUACACAGCAGGUUUAUAGUCUCUCUGGCCUAUGCAUUUGAAACCAAAACUGACCUCUGUAUGGUGAUGACUCUCAUGAAUGGAGGUGACAUCAGAUACCACAUCUACAGCGUGAACCAGGAGAACCCUGGCUUUCAGGAGCCUCGUGCUGUCUUCUACACGGCCCAGAUCCUCAGCGGCCUGGAGCACCUGCAUCAGAAGGCCAUCGUCUACCGGGACCUCAAGCCUGAGAACGUGCUUCUGGACGACGCUGGGAAUAUCCGAAUUUCUGACCUUGGGCUGGCCGUGGAGCUGAAGGACGGGCAGACCAAGACCAAGGGCUAUGCGGGAACCCCAGGUUUCAUGGCCCCCGAGCUCUUGCGGGGGGAGGAGUACGACUUCUCUGUGGAUUACUUUGCCCUGGGGGUCACGCUGUACGAGAUGAUCGCGGCCAGAGGACCCUUCCGCGCCCGAGGAGAGAAGGUGGACAACAGGGAGCUCAAGCAGAGGGUCCUCUCCGAGCCCAUCGAGUACCCGGACAAGUUCAGCCAGGCCAGCAAGGACUUCUGUGAGGCACUGCUGGAGAAGGACCCCGAGAAGCGCCUGGGGUUCAGAGACGGGACGUGUGACACACUCCGCACCAACCCCCUCUUUAAGGACAUUAACUGGAGACAGCUUGAGGCCGGGAUGCUGACACCCCCCUUCAUCCCAGACUCCAGGACAGUCUAUGCCAAGAACAUCCAGGACGUGGGCGCCUUCUCCACAGUCAAGGGCGUGGUCUUCGAGAAGGCCGAUACUGAGUUCUUCCAGGAAUUCGCCACCGGCAACUGCUCCAUUCCCUGGCAGGAGGAGAUGAUCGAGACCGGUGUGUUCGCAGAGCUGAACGUCUGGCGCGCGGACGGGCAGAUGCCCGACGACAUGAAGGGGGUCGCUGCGGGGGAGGCAGCCCCCGCGUCCAAGUCGGGGAUGUGUCUGGUCUCCUAGGUGUGCAGGGAGGGGCCAGAGGGCCUCUCUGAGCCGCCAGAGAGAGCAAGGGGCGGCCAGACACCCCAGCCUGGCUCCGGGGCCCAGUCCGUAAAUAGUCCGCUGCUUCUGCCCGGUUUCACUCACAAAGACACCGCGGUGGCUCCCACAUGGAAUGUCCCACGCUGCGUAACUUGGGGCCUCGUGUGGCCGUCCAGGCAAAGUGCUGCUCAGACCAUAGGAGGCGUGGUGCUUCCUGCCCCCUAACUGCAUCUUCCCAGGCAGGAGGCCUUCUCCACGCUGGCUCAGGCGUUGGCAGAGCGUGGCCCGCGGGCUCACAGGCGUCAGCAGAGAGGCCUGGGGGCCUCCCUUCCCGCCCUGCCUCUGUUCCCCGCCCCCGGCUGCUGCCAGGGCCUGAGCUGCUCACCACCUGCGUGUUGGAUGGAGAUGCUGACGUCUGCCAAGUGCUGGGGACGCGGUCUCCCAGCCGUCAGGCCGGCCUGGGGGUGAGGGGGGCUGCAGCAGCCUCCCUUUUGGCCUCUCUGUCCUGAACACAUCUGCAACCGGCAGCGUCUGGGCGGAUAGGUGUGCGGGCCUUCUCCGUCUCCGGCCCAAGCACUUGUUACCACCCGACUCCGCCUCCUGGCAAAGCCC